GAUGUUUGGAUGGAUGAUUAGUUGAUGGUUGGAUGAAUGAGUGAUGGAUGGUUGGAUUUUAUUUUUUUUCAGCACACUGUCCAUUGUGACACAUCACCUCACCCGUUCCAUUUGAAGGAUUCACAGAAAACUGUAAUGACCAGGAACUUUACAGUUAUAAUUUAUUUAAUUGUCAUUAUUACUGUCAUCAUUAUAGUAAUGAUAAUAGUUUUGUUGAUUUAUAAUAAGUCACUGAUAAUCAUUAUAAGCAGUAGUAUUUAUGUAUACUAUUGUAGUGUCAGUAUAAACAUAUUUAAUAUGGCCUACUAUAAUUAUUGUCCUUGUUUCUUUCUUUAAAUAUUGUCAUUCUACUUCCUCUCUGUUAAACCACCCGAUCAUCAGAAUCAGCUGACAGCACAUCACUGUCUGUGGUUUCCCAUGAGGCUUUGCUGCCAUUGAGUCACUCUGACAUCUAAACAGAUUUUAGUUAAAACAAUUUAGCAUCUGUGGCAUGGUGAACUUUGAACUUCCUACAACCAACAUUCAGAAACUUGUGAUUUAAACUGAAAUUGACAUCCUUCCCACAGUGCUAUGUAGCUUAGCCUCAGUGUAGGUGUCAGGCUUCUCUAAAAAUAACAAGAGCAAAGUUCUCUAAAACUAAAAACAACCUUUUUUGAAGCUGAGAUGAACACUGACACAUUUCCUGUGACACAGAAUGUUGUAGAAUCUCCAGUUUCAGCAGAGUAACCUUCAGUCUCAUUCAUACCUGCGAAAUGUAAUGUUGUAGCAACUCCAGACUCAGCAGAGUAACCUUCACUCUCAUUCGUACCUGUGGGAUGAAAUGUUUCCCAUAGUGCAUUGGUAUUAGUUUUUUCCUUCUUAUUGAUAUUUUUUCACUUUCAAGACCAUUUCUGGACCUUUCUCCUACUAGCUUUACUGUAGUCUUUAUGUUGACAUCAUAAUGUUUGAUUAUUGUAAUGGUUCUAGUAGAGUAUGUUUUCCAUGCUUCUACAGUUUGAUUGACCUGAUCAGUGCCACAGUGUUUAUUGAUCAGAUCAAUGCCAUGGCGCUGAUUGAUCUGAUCAAUGCCACAGCGUUAAUUGACCUGAUCAAUGCCACGGCGUUGAUUGAUCAGAUCAAUGCCACGGCGCUGAUUGAUCCGAUCAAUGCCAUGGCGUUAAUUGAUCAGAUCAAUGCCACGGCGCUGAUUGAUCCGAUCAAUGCCACGGCGUUGAUUGACCUGAUCAAUGGCACGGCGUUGAUUGACCUGAUCAAUGGCACGGCGUUGAUUGACCUGAUCAAUGCCACGGCAAUUAUUGAUCUGAUCAAUGCCACGGUGCAAAUGCCUUGACUUUUAUUGAUCUCUUUUUUUUCUGAUUUUUAUUGAUCUGUAUUUUCUUUCUGAGCCUCACAGACACACGCUGACAUCAUCUGUGGUUAAACACACGUUCAUGCUGUAAACAUGAGAAAAGGUGACUCGUCGUCACAGGACUUCCUGUUUCUUUCUAUGGAGGAGGCGUGUCUAAUGUCAGAGAAUAAAGGUCUGAUGCCGUGGCGAACGUUAGAGUCAGUCAGCAGCCUUGAGGGUGAGUAUCACACACAGACAGCAAUGAUAGGGUUGACACAUGCUCACAUGUUUCUACAGUGUUUAUUCUUAGUCUCAAUUUUCCUGAACCUCACUCUGAUUUAAUCUGAGACAGCCUUUAAUCUCUUAUCUCCUGUCUGUGAUUUCUCAUGAGUCUCUGAACAACCAGCCGUCUGCCACUCUUUCUGCUUAUUAACCAGCAAAAUUAAUGAUUGAGAUUUGACUGAAUCUUAGAUAGAGUAUCAUCAGAUGGUUUGAGAGCUGCCACCAUGGACAUAGGAGUUUGUGCUUCAAUGACGAAGGAGUUACAAGGUUGAGGCAUUACCACUUUUUGAGUAUUUUUACUGGUUUGACAAUGAUCAUCAAGAUCUAGGUGAUCUGACCCUGCAGCCCUGAUCGAGGUACACCUGACCCUGCAGCCCUGAUCUGAGUACACCUGACCAUGGAGCCCUGAUCUUGGUACACCUGACCCUGCAGCCCUGAUCUAGGUACACCUGACCUUGCAGCCCUGAUCUAGGUACACCUGACCCUGAAGCCCUAAUCUGAGUACACUGACCAUGGAGCCCUGAUCUGAGUACACCUGACCCUGGAUCCCUGAUCUUGGUACACCUGACCCUGCAGCCCUGAUCUGGAUACACCUGACCCUGCAGCCCUGAUCUAGGUACACCUCACCCUGAAGCCCUAAUCUGAGUACAGUGACCAUGAAGCCCUGAUCUGAGUACACCUGACCCUGGAGCCCUGAUCUUGGUACACUUGACCCUGCAGCCCUGAUCUAGGUACACCUGACCCUGCAGCCCUGAUCUAGCUAGACCUGACCAUGGAGCCCUGAUCUGAGUACACCUGACCCUGGAGCCCUGAUCUGAGUACAACUGACCCUGAAGCCCUGACCAAGGUACACCUGACCAUGGGGCUCUGAUCAAGGUACACCUGACCCUGCCACCCCAAUCUAGUUACACCUGACCCCAGAGCCCUGAUCUUGGAACACUUGACCCAGCAGUCCUGAUCUAGGUAGACCUGACCAUGGAGCCCUGAUCUGAGUAGACCUGACCAUGGGGCCCUGAUCUGAGUACACCUGACCAUGGGGCUCUGAGUACACUUGACAAUGGGGCCCUGAUCUGAGUACACCUGACCAUGGGACCCUGAUCUGAGUACAUCUGACUAUGCAGCCCUGAUCUAAGUACACCUGACCACGGAGCCCUUAUUUGAAUACACCUGAACCUGUUGCCCUGAUGUGAGGUACACUUGACCAUGGGGCCCUGAUCUAAGACAACUGACCAUGCAGCCCAGAUCUAAGUAUGCCUGACCAUGGGACCCUGAUCUGAGUACAACUGACUAUGGGGCCCUGAUAUGAGUACAACUUACCAUGGGACCCUGAUCUGAGUACAACUGACUAUGCAGCCCUGAUCUGAGAACACCUGACCAUGGGGCCCUGAUCUGAGGUACACAUGACCAAGAUAAUUCUGAUUCUUGCCUGUGGAGGAGGCCUGAGACUGAUUCCUGUCGACUUGAGUACAGGGUCUAAGAGUCCUCUCUUAGUGUCCUGUCUCCUUAAAACCCUGGUUUACUCUCACAGGGGCCAUUUACAGCUGUAGCAGUAGGUAGAUGUGGAGGUGGGUAGAGGGUUGAUGUUGAUGUCUCUGAAAUAUCAAAAAUGUGUUUUUUUUACUUUUAUUUAAACAUUGUAACAUCAUGCAAACAUUAUGCAAACACCUUGCUAACCAGCUGUCUGCUUACAGAUGUGUGUGUCUCGGUGUGUACGGUGUGUCGGUAUCUCUCUGGUUCCCCUGGCAAUAGUCUGCGUGCUGUCCAACAUCCUACUGCUAUUUCCUGAACUGAAGAUCCACUUCCUGUUGGAGGGUCAUGUGACCAGAGAAGCCAGUUGGGCAACAGGACUGUGGGGGUCGGGCUUCCUUGUUCUCCUCGGAGCACGAGUAUUUGUUCAGAACAGCAACACCAGAGGAUGCUGUGCCUUCAGGACCAAGGUGUGUCCUUGUGUGUCCCAGGAUUUUACAGGUGUGUCCUUGUGUGUCCCGGGUGUUACAGAUGUGUCCUCGUUUGUUCCAGGUGUAACAGGUGUGUCCUUGUGUGUCCCAGGUGUUACAGGUGUUUCUCAGGUGUUACAGAUGUGUCCUAAUGAGACCCAGGUGUUGCAGGUGUGUCCUUGUGUGUCCCAGAUGUUACAGGUGUGUCCUUGUGUGUCCCAGGUCUUACAGGUGUGUCCUUGUGUGUACCAGGUGUAACAGGUGUUAUCCUAGGUGUAACAGAUGCUAUCCCAGGUGAUUGUCUCAGGGGCUUGCGUGUUGGCGGCGGCAUUCUGUUGUCUCGUCAGCCUCACUGGUCUCUCUCAGGGCCCUCUGUGUCGCUACAACUCCACCUCUGGGUACAGUUGGGGGGUC